ACAGCUGAACAAGUCCUAAGUCCGACUGACCAACUGCAGGGAGAGGCACUUAGUGAAGUUGUCCAGCACCUGGUCGCUCCUCAUCCUUUAAAUCUGCGCCCUAUCUUCAUCUCCAGGCUAAUCCCAGAGGCUCCAUCCUCGCCUUCAUCCUCGUCUCCUGCAAGCUGAAGCUUUGAGAGGUCAUGCCGGGCAUCGCUCCCCUCCUCCGAGUCCUCCUGCUGCUGCUCGAGGGCACGACUCUCCUCAGCGGCAUCCCUGCACAGAGGAUCAGAGUGCGUCGACAGAACAUGAAGGUUCGAAUCAACGCCACUGGUGACACCAUUGUGAUGAAGUUUGUGCGUCCAAGUCCAGAUGUGAAGUUAGAGGGUUAUAUUCUGGGUUACGGCAGCAGCAUGUUCUCCAAACAGUUCAUCCAGCUGCCUGAAAACGGACAGCCCUACGAGACUGAGAUGGAUGCAGAACCAAAGUACCUGGUGGCCGUCCAACCAAUCCCAGCUAACGAUGUGAAGAAACACUGCACAGGUAAAGUGAACCUGGAGAAGCCGCUUCACCUGGUGAUUGGUUCUAUUAGCCCAUCCGCUGUGCUACUGUCCUGGGGAAACUAUCUGAAGACACCCUAUGAAGGGAACAUCAUGAACGAAUGUCUGGAAGACGGAUUCUACACUAUCCGCUACAGAGAGAGAAACAGGAAUUGGAUCUACCAGACAUGCCCAACAAGCGACACAGUCAUUGAUAACCUGAAACCCAACACGCCUUAUGAGUUUGGCGUCCGCUCCAACAAGGAUGACCGCAGUGGCACAUGGAGCAAACCCGUCAUCCACAACACCAGCAUGGGCAAUAAAAAUAGACAGAAGUCAUACAAGCCGCGUAACAGUCCUCCAGUCAAGCUGGGGACACCCCUCUUUGCUCCUCGUUAUGCCCUGCACAAUGGAACAGGCCCUCGAACGCCUACUUUGUUCAAAAACCCAGGGUUCCCUGGAGCUCCACGCACGUCCUUUGCACCUCCCGAGAGCCAGCAGGAAACUAUCCCUGUGCCUGGCUCUUCUGAGCCCAAAUUUCCUCACGUGUCCCCCGAAAAAGGAAACACAAUUAGAAACAACACCACCCAACCAGCGGAUAUUCCCACUCCUGCCCUCCCCAAACUUCUGUCCACCAAAGCCCCCCAUGCCAACAUCACAGCCGUCCUUCUUACUAAGUUAGCCUCCAGAGGUGACUCCAUUCAUGUGCAAACCACUAAGGCACCCACUAGUGCACCUGAGAAGCCUCGUAACCCCACUGGUCAAGGAAACAAAAGAAAUCUCACUCCAUCGCUGCCCUUGCAGCCCUACAACCCAGCAGCUACCACAGUUACCGGAUCCAUGAGGCCAGCAUCGAGAAACCCUCUCUUUCCCUUCUCUAAUGGCUUCAGACAGCCCCACUCCCCCUCCUCUAGAUCGAGUAACUCAUCCCCAACUUCAGGGAAACUUGGGGUAAAUGGACAACCACACCGGGGCAUUUCCCCACCUAAACCGGCCAUAUGGUCCCGACCUCGAUUGGUGAACAACUCAUUGCUGGAGGAAAAGAAGUCUGAACUCCCUGAAGUGUUUGGUCGUUCGGGUCCCACCACAGAAGAGUGGGUUUAUGGAUCUCCUGCUCGUCCAGCCAUACAGAUCAACAAGAAGCCAAAUUUGGUUGGAAAACCUGGAGAAACGGACAAAGUUAACAACUUCAAACAGAAUGAUAAACUGCCUGUCCUGAAACCCAAAGUACCAGCAGUGACCGCCAAGCCGAUCAAACAAGAACGGAAACAGACCACAACUGCAACACCAACUACUACUGCACCUCGACAGGAGUCAUGGGAGGAGUCAGAUCUUUUUAAAUCACAGCCAUCCUCUGAGAUUGACGCCAUGGGCAAAAAACGUUACGUAGCACCUCAUGUCAUCUACAAAACUGGAAAGAAACCAGAUGAGCCUUGCUCUAUUACCUCUUCCCUCAACUACUUUCCCGAAGAUGAACCCAGUGAGACAAAUGUGACAUCACCACCAAAGACUCAACCCUCCAACCUCACUGUGGUGACAGUGGAGGGAUGCCCAUCUUUCAUCAUCUUGGACUGGGAGAAGACUGACAAUGAAACCACUGUGUACGAAGUCAUCUCCACUGCUAAAGGCCCAGAUGGAGAACAGGUUUCCAUCCUGACUACAAACCAGACUCAUACUGCCGUAGAGAACCUCAAACCUGAGAGCAGUUACGAGUUCAAGGUGAAGCCAAGGAAUGAGCUGGGCUCAGGUCCUCCCAGUGAACCAGUGACCUUCAACACAGAGUCAGCGGACCCCAGAGUGAGUGAGAACGUUUCAGGAAAAGAUGCCAUCUGGACUCAGUUCCCCUUCAAGACAGACUCAUACUCUGACUGCCAUGGCAAACAGUAUGUGAAGAGGACCUGGUACCGCAAGUUUGUUGGUGUACAGCUAUGCAACUCACUUAGGUACAAGAUCUACCUGAGUGAAACACUCAACGGUAAAUUCUACAAUAUUGGAGAUCAGACUGGCUUUGGUGAGGAUCACUGUCAGUUCGUUGACUCAUUCCUGGAUGGGCGAACGGGCAGACAGCUCAGAGCUGACCAGCUCCCAUCCAGACAAGGUUUCUUUAGAGCAUUGCGUCAAGAACCUGUCCACUUUGGAGAAAUAGGAGGACAUUCUCAUGUCAACUACGUCUCAUGGUAUGAGUGUGGAACACCCAUUCCUGGCAAAUGGUAGAUGAACAGUCAUCCUCACAGAGGCCUAUGAUGGGAUUUGUUGCCAAAGCUUGGAUGGCUAAGCCGUGCCUCUGAAUUCUCUCAACCAUGUUACUCAGUGCUGUAAAAAUGUACAGGAUAUACUUGUCAGGGACUUUGUAAGGAGAGAGCAUUCAUCAUAAAUGAUAUAGCAACCAUGCCUCAUUUUUAAUAUUUAUCUAGCAGCAAGGCUAAAGUGACGUUAGAACAUGAAGAUUCAUAGAGGUAUCGUUUCUCUGACUCAUGCUAGAUAUAUUUUAUUUUGUAUUGAAAUAAUGGGAAGCUGGCUCCCUGGAUUACUAUUUUCAUAACUUGUGAGAUGUUAUUUAUCAAAAAGUCUUUGAUUGCAUUGCUUCACGAGGGCCACAGAUGGGAAUUCACAGGAGUUUUUUUUUUAAAGAAAUGCCAUAAAAAGUAAUUCAAGUGAGAGGUUUUAAAAGAUAUCAUCCUGCUUCACAUUCAUCCAUCAACAACUGGCAGUCACCCAUAUCACCAGUCUUUAACCAAUGCUUCAUUAGUUAGUGUGGAAAAUAUAGACAGCAUCAUGUGUGAUAAAUUUACUGGAUAUCAGCAAUAAGAAACCUAUUUUAAACAUUAAAAGUAUAUAAUGUAUUUGAAAAUAUAAAUACCAAAUAAUGUACAUUCUGCUCUGAAAGGUGCCCCAAAAAUACAGUCCGGUGAUAUUUUUCAGGAACUAAGUUAGCAUUGUAGGUAACUAAUCCAGCUUUGUGAAUCUGCUGUUCUUUAAUUAAUUUUCAUUAUUAAUUAACCUGCCAGUUAUUUUUGAUUAGCCAGUAAAAAAUAGCCCAUCUAAUUUCUGAAACACAUAUUUUGCUUACUGUCAUGUAAUUCUUAUAUUUAAGAAGCAGCAAAUGUUUUACUUGAAAAUAGACAAACAAUUAAUUGAUCGUCCAUUAACUGAUCUAUUAAUGGAGAAAGAGCUGCGGCUUUUUAUCAUUGUCCUUUAGAGUAAAUAUCAAGCUGGCCUGAGUUUUGGUGCUUUAAACUACAUUUUUAGGUGAAAUGCCUAAAAUUCAUGCUUUACAUGUCAAUACGUUGGAUGUGUUGACUGAACGCUGAGCUUCGGUGAGAGGCUUUUACACUUGCAUUUUGCACAGCAGAAAUGUAUUUAUAUGUAUAUGGAGAGAAUGUAUUUUUUUUUCAGUACAUUUUUGCAGAUGCAUUUCUCUCACCAUGGCCCAAAAAAAAAAAGGAAAAAAAAACAAAUGGUACUAUAAUAUGCUCUUCUUUGUCCUUCCUCAUGCUAGAGCAUGGUGGGAAACUAAUAUUGCUGCCUGAUUGCAAGUCAAAAGCAGAAUUAUUUACAUUUUAAUAACCAAAUUACGUUUAAAGAUUUUAUUUCUAGUUAGGUAGGGUUAAAAUAUUCAAAUGGGAAAUUAACUUGUUAACUGGUCCUAAAGAUGGAAACUAAUUGCCAUCUGAUGCCUGGUUAAUCACAUAAAACAUUUCCCUAAAUACAGUCUCUUUCUGUAUUUUACCAAAUUAACUCAUUGGAGCCAUAAUUGCCCUGGUGGUUUUUCAAGCUCAACAACAGACCCAGUCAUGCAGGCCUAGCAACCCAUCACAUGGCAACCACCAGUUACUAGGGAAGAAAUAUUGGAGAGUGGUUGCUAGAUGUCACUGGCUGAACCUGGUAACAAAGUAGGCACUGCUCCAAAAGCCUACAGGACCUAUAGAUUGGCAUGGAAGAUGCCAACAUGCUUGCAAACACUCUCAAUAUUUUCCCUAGCAAGCAGUCUAUAGGUCUGUGAGACGAAAGCCUAAAGUAGGGGCAGCGAUAGCUAGAUCAGGAACGCUAUGAGUAUCUGUUUCCUUGAGUAGCUAGACAACUAGCCUGUAUGCAGUCCUCAACGGAAACCUCAGACACCAGUUUUAUUCACUUACACUAUUUGUCACAAUCAGAUAGUUGCGGGAACAAUGAGCCAUCUGGCUCAGAACUCAGACAUUUCAGUCUUUAAAGGGUUUGUAUAUAUCUUCUUAUGGAAAUUAUGCAUGGAAAUAAAUCCUGUUAUAUUGUUUGUGAUAUGUUUAGCAACACAUAAGAAAGGCAUUAAUAACUGAAAUUGAAAGAUACAAUUUUUAACAAUUUUUAACGAAAGUAAAGUUUCAUCAAAACAAAUUUAAUGACCCAAUGAACAACAAAAAUGUCUGAGACAAAAUCUGAUCAUAAUAACAACAUUAGUAAGAAAACAGUAAUAGAUAACUAUAAUGUGGCUGAAAUGUUCUAAUGAUGUUCUGAUGGCUAGCAAAUCCAGAAAUAUCUGGAUUAAACGUGCUGUUUACUUAACCAACAUCUAGAGAUGGAAACUAAGUUAGAAAAAUUAAUGGAGUGCCAUGAUCUGCCUUUCUACGUGUCUUCAAAUGGGCAUUUCUUUAAGGGCACCUAGUCUGCAUUUUCUUACCUGUCAUAUGAAUAUAACAUUAAGAUGCUGAAUGUUAAUAUUACGAGUCACCAGGUUUCAAAGAAUGAGGUUCAAGUAAUCCUUCUAAGCCAAAAGCUCAGCUUUCAAACUACUCUGAGUAGUUAGUACAACCAGACAGUAUAACUCUGUCAACAGGCUUCCAAAUGUUGGCCAAUCAGAAGAAAGAAGGGGGAAUGGAGUUGUUAGAAAUGCUUAACAACUCACUUAAUGAACUGAGGGGUUCAUUAAAAGGAGGGCUUUAUGAAGGGCAAAUAUAAGUAUCGAUUUUUAUUUGAACUGUGAAUCAUGCAAAGCUACUCUAGUAGAGUCAAGAAAAGAAGCAGAGUGCUGAAAAUGAGCAGACUAGGUAGCCGUUCAAUUAGUUGCAGUGUGUGUUGUAAUAUAAAUUUUCUCACUGGCAGGAAACAGAUUACAUGACUGUGGUAUCUGAGAAGUGCAGUAAUGAAAGUCACAGAUUAGGGCUAUUAACUAAAUUGCUAAUCUAUCUUUAUAAUACUUAAGGCUGCCGUUAACUUCCUGUCCUUCCACCAGCCUCAAACUUACCUACUGUCACACUAAUAAUAUAUGGUGGAGUGAUGGAGGCAGAGACAGUAGAGAGCAGUGAUAUAAUACAGCAUUAGCAGGGUGUUUUCUGAUUCUUCCACACAGUGUUGCGCAGUCCUGCUUAGAUGCUGUUUCCUGACAAUAAAGCAGUGUACUGUGCCUUUACCUUCCAGCUGCAAUCCUGACCGCCUUCAUUUAUAAAGCCCAUUAUUAUAAAGCAGGGAUCAUUUAAAACAGAUGAGUGCUUUGUAAGGAAAAAUAAGAAUGUAUUGCUGUUGAUGUUUUUCUACAUACAUUUGUUUCUAUAUUGAUUUUUAACAAUAAAGAAGUUUUGAGUCCUUUUUAAAAAAAA